AUGACGGCCAUUAUUCGCAAGUUGAGGAGGAAGCGCAAGCUUUCUUCCGAACUGCAUUCUCGAUGGGGCGAUGUAUCCAUCACUUAUCCCACCGAAGGCUCCUGGAGUCAGUGGGACCAGCCUUCUAGCAUCAACAUGAAUGUUGCCGCUGAGCUGCCUUCGGAACAACGUCGAAGGCAUAGUUCGCCAGAGACUCGACAUCGAGAAAGUAAUUCUUCUCGCCCCGAACCGACCUUGCAUUCUGGGGACUCGGAAGGACGAGAAUCGUCAGUCGAUUCUGCCACGACAAUCCCCACCGGACACUACGAUGCGAAAUUACGGAGUCGAUCGACAAAAGAACUAUCCCCGCAGAAAAUGUCAGAGCACCACGGAAUUGUAAGUGAGCAGAAGGGACUUGUCAAUCCUUGGGAUGAAAUAUGCUCCAGCGAUGAAGCCGAUGAAGACGUUAUUCCACCGCCAAAGGGGCCCAAACGGCUUCCGCGAGAAUUAAAAGAAUUAAACCGUCUCAAACUCAGUGCACAUAUGGAUGACUAUACACGAGCGUCCAAGUCGCCGCCGCUCUCUGUCACCUCGCGAAUGCGCCGACGCAGUCAGCAAAGCAACGUCACCGAGCCGACAGCAUCGGUUUCGGGGACCACGAGUUCUAAGCAUACGAGCUUUACGUCCUCGGUACCGUCAGUUCCACCUGAGGAUUCUCGACAUAUGUCUCAUUCUCCGUUUCAAGACCAGAAACUCGCUCGUCGGUCAAAGCAUCGAGAGACUGAGCCAGUCCGCGAGCCCGAGUUGGUACCCUCCUACGAUGAGCUGUACGGGUAG